AUGGCACAAUUAUUAAUCCUCUUAUUAUUAUUUAUCAUUCCCUAUAACAUUCAUGGUUGUAAACCCUCAUUUGACAUUCACAAUGAUCUUCCUCAAAAUACUCCUCAGCUAGAAUUUCAUUGUGCAUCUGGUGACAAUGAUCUUGGUUAUCAUUAUCCUGCUAUAGGGUCGGAUUAUCAUUGGUCAUUUUGCGCAACUCCUUCUACGUUAUUCUUUUGUCAUUUUUGGUGGAAUGGAAAAGAUUUAUCCUUUGAUGUAUUUAACACACUAGCUGGUUGUGUUACUGAUGGUCAUGUUCCAGACUAUGUUGUUAAUUGUCAUUGGCAAGUGAAGGCCGAUG